GAGGACUUCAACAAGUUCUGCACCUUCGUCCUGGCCUACGCCGGCUACAUCCCCUACCCGCAGGAGGAGACACCCCUGAGGAACAGUCCCAGCCCUCCCAACAGCACUGGAGGCACAAUUGACAGCGAUAGCUGGGAUCCCCGAUUCAAUGACAUCCCUUCUUCUGUCUCCUUGCCAGUCAAGAACAGAAAGAACUUUAGUCAGCUUAAGCGAACAAAAUCGUAUGGUUCCCUAUUCCAGCGAGCAAAACCUAGCAACUUCCUGCCAGAGCGAAAGCAAAUUGAUAAGAUUCGGAAGAAGAAAAAACUGAAGAGAAGGGAAACAGAAGCGUCUGCAGAGGAAGACUAUGAGGAGAAGCUGCUGGAGCUGGAGGCUGAGGACUCUUACGUGGAGACUCCGAUGAGUCCCUCGUCCGAGGGCGACCCUCAGUCUGUUACCGAACACUGCUCGGUGUGGGACUCUGACACACCUUCCAGCGUCUCCUAUCCUGCUGUGACAGCCGAGCAGACUGUGGAGAUACAGAGCGUGGGUAAAAGAACGGUCAUUCGGCAGGGGAAGCAGGUUGUGUUUCGGGAUGAGGACGGCACCGGUGACGAUGAGGACAUUAUGGUGGAUUCAGAUGACGAUUCAUGGGACCUAGUCACUUGCUUCUGCAUGAAACCUUUCGCUGGGCGGCCAAUGAUCGAGUGUAACGAGUGUCACACCUGGAUCCACCUCUCCUGCGCCAAAAUCCGCAAAUCAAACGUCCCAGAGGUCUACAUAUGCCAGAAGUGUCGGGACUCCAAGUUUGAUAUUCGCCGUUCAAACCGCUCCCGGACGGGCUCACGCAGGCGCUUUCUGGACUAGCCGAGAGAAGGGCCGCACCGGUGUGCUGCUUGGGCAGGCUAGCCGUGCAAAGCACAGACUCCAGCCAGGAGGUCAGGGAGCGCUCCUCCGAACUUCUACUGCUCAGGCUAAAGGGCUGCCUGGUCUGUCUGAGUUAACAGGGAUAAGGUAUCGCAAAGUUGUUGAUGACCAGGGCUGGAAGAAGCCAACUGGUCAAAACUGCUGCUAGAUACUGAUUAGCUCAAGGACAGAUUAAGCUCUCUAGGUUCAGUGGGGUUUUGUCCAGUUAAAACUAUGAAUUGGAUGAUGUUUUGGGAACGUAUAAUACCUUUGCCACGUAUUAUUUCUCAUCCCAUCGCGAAAGAAACUGCAAACCUUCUCUGUGCUAGGAAACUCAUCCUCCAAAGACGGAGGAGGAGGGAAAUCUGUGUGAAGAGUCUCAAAAGUAAAUGGCCACGUGUUUUAAUUUUAAUGUAAUAUUGUACCUGCCCAUUUGUCCAUAUAUAUCCAUCUUAGAUAUUCUAAGGCUCCCUAGGAGCGAGUGUGAAUACCUACUGGCCUCUUGUGUGAUCUGCCUCGUCUGCAGUGGGUCUGGGCAGUAGGUGAGCUGCUUUCACUGAGGUCUGUGAUUUGGCGUUGUUCAAGUGAAACCGGGACUUCCUCCUGCUCCAAGGACUGGUGCAUUUAAAAGAAGAAAACAGUCCUCUUUCUGGACAGGCAGCGCUGGGGAUUAGUGACACUGAGAUUCUUCCUAGAAGUCUCUUCUUACAGUGAUUUUCGUGACUUUGUUUUGCAUGAUUGGCUCAAAUGUGAGUGUGUAUGGGGGGAGGGGGGUACCAUUUGCUCUGUUUCCCAGCCGGUUGGUAAGCUCUGAGGUGCUGUUUUAAGGAGACAAUGAC